AAACUGGAUGCUUCAUUCAGAGGAAGAGGUUCGGGAUAAUAUUUUAUUUUAUGUGGAGGCGGAUGGGCUCCUUUUGAAUUGUUGCAUCCUUACUUGGCUUUGACUCCGCCCUUCACUAGUUGGAAGCUGGAACCGUUCCUCACGCUGCUGCAGCUUCCUCAUGAGCCAUGCCCGCAUAUAAAGGGGCCACGCCUACCCCAGCAGCAGCACCAGCAGCAGCAUUCUCAGCCUCAACCCCACCAUCAGCAAUCAGCAAUCAGCAAUCAGCAAUCAGGAUGUAUCCCCAAAACCCAAAUGAGUACUACGGCAAGCCCCACGACUCCCAGGCCCCCACCGGCUUCCCCGUCUCCGCCCCCUCCAACUCCUACUACUCCUCCGACUCCUACUCCUCCAAUUCCCACUACCACCCCUCCGCCCUCCCUUCCUACCCUCUCCAGUCCAAGCCCCGCGUCGACUGGUCCACCGGCCUCUGCGACUGCACCUCCGACGUCAGAAACUGUUGCAUCACGUGCUGGUGUCCUUGCAUCACGUUCGGUCAGAUAGCGGAGAUCCUGGACAAAGGGUCGACGUCGUGCGGGGCGAGCGGGGCGCUGUAUACGCUGGUGGCGUGCGUCACGGGGUGCGCUUGCUUGUACUCUUGCUUCUACAGGGCCAAGAUGAGGCAGCAGUUCUUGCUCAAGGACAAGCCUUGCUGCGACUGCCUCCUUCACUGCUGCUGCGAGCCCUGUGCCCUCUGUCAGGAGUAUCGUGAGCUUCAAAAUCGUGGAUUCGACAUGCUCAUCGGAUGGCAUGGCAACGUGGAGCAACGCAACAGAGAAUUGGCCAUGACCACCGCCACAGCUCCGGCAGUAGAGCAGGGCAUGAGCCGCUGAGUUCUUCAUUCCUUAUUCAACGCCAUUUCUAUGCUUUGCUUUGUAUAAUUCCUCCUUCCACUUUGCCUGUAACCAGAUCCACAUCCCCUCUCGCUGGUCUUGACCUGUUGUUGUAAUUAAGUAGUUUCAACCAAGUCACAUUAUUUACAUCAUUUAUAAAUAAUAUUAUUUCUAAAUUUUACUAUA